AUGGCUGCGUGGAAGAAGUUGGCAAUUUUAGGGAAGGGUUCUUAUGGUACGGUUUAUCUUGCUACUGUUGCUCUUCCCCAAGAAUGCAAUGAGAAGGUUGUAGCAGUCAAGAGUUCGAGCCCUUUCUCUUUCUCAAUUGCUUCAAUGCAGAAGGAAAAAAGAAUACUGGACUCAUUCUUGGGUUGCAAGGAAAUCCUUCAAUGCUAUUUUGACCAAUUCACUGUCGAGAGAAAUUAUGUGACAUACAAUCUUUUCAUGGAGUGUGCUCCUUAUGGUUCUCUUCUUGGUUUAGUAAACAAGAAGGGGCCAAUAUCGGAUAGUGAAGUAAGAGUCUACACUCGUAUGCUUCUCAAAGGGCUUUCUUGCAUUCAUCGAAAAGGAGUCGUCCAUUGUGAUCUGAAACCGGACAACAUCCUUCUCUUUCCUUCAUCUGAUGAUCAUGCAAGGUAUCAACUGAAGAUUGCUGAUUUUGGGUUGUCCAAGACUAGAGAAGAUGCAAAUGCUGAGUAUGGGAAGGUCAAGUUUAGAGGGACACCUUCUUACAUGUCGCCAGAAUCGGUCGUUGGUCAGAUUGAACCAGCGUUAGAUAUAUGGUCUCUUGGGUGCAUUAUAAUCGAGAUGAUCACUGGAUUCCGUGCAUGGAAGAACCUGCGAACUAAAAAGGAGAUAAUGUUAAAGCUUUUUGUCCUUCAAGAAGCACCUGAAAUACCCAAUGGACUGAGUUGGGAUUGCAAGAAUUUCUUGAGCAAGUGUUUUGUGAAGGAUCCUAGGCAGAGAUGGACUGCUACAAUGCUUCUCAACCAUCCUUUCCUUUAUCCAACAUGUUACAUGUGUAGUUCUUCUUUUUUCUCAUAUGAUAUUGUUAGUCAUGUGCCCUUUAAGGAAUAA